AUUCAUCACACAAACAUCUGCCCAAAACAAUCACAAAACUAAUUAAAAAACGGCUUGUGAAGAUACCUUUACAUUUAAACAAAACUUGUCCUACCAUAGACAAAAGAUGUUGUCUAUAGUUGUGUAGUUCCGUCAAAGCUGAAAUAUUUAUCUGGGAAGAACUAUAUUCAUCUUUUAAACAUGUUGUGUUGUAGAGAUGUCCGUUUUUAGAUAUUUAUAUAAUCGAUGUGCAUCGGUAUGUAAGAAGAUUAACAAAAGACGUGGCUUAAAAAAACCAGCAUCUAAGCCAUAAAAUUAUUAAAAAAAAAAAGAUUAACAAAGGAGUGGGGAAAGGAUACGAGUGCGAAGAUGCUGACUGCCUGUAAUGGAUACUGUUGCAAAAAUACAUAUUUUGUCGUAAAUAUUGUAUUUUUAAUAAAAAAAUUGCAUGUUGGGAGGUUAUUUUCGUCAAAAACCUGUAUUUUCAGGGGAUUUCGGAGAGGGAAAGGAACCAUGGGUCGUGUGAUACGUGCUCAACGUAAGGGUGCCGGAUCAGUCUUCGUCUCGCACACGAAGAAAAGGAAAGGAGCACCCAAACUCAGAUCUCUGGAUUAUGCGGAACGUCAUGGUUACAUCAAGGGUGUGGUAAAAGAUAUCAUUCAUGAUCCUGGUCGUGGCGCCCCUUUGGCGGUUGUUCAUUUCCGCGAUCCCUACAAGUUCAAGACUCGCAAGGAACUGUUCAUUGCCCCAGAGGGUCUCUAUACAGGCCAGUUCGUUUACUGUGGGAAGAAGGCAACUCUGGAAGUUGGAAAUGUCAUGCCAGUAGGAACCAUGCCUGAGGGUACCAUUGUGUGCAACUUGGAGGAGAAAAUGGGUGACAGAGGCCGGCUUGCUCGUGCUUCUGGAAAUUUUGCUACAGUUAUUGGCCACAAUCCUGAUGCCAAACGUACAAGAGUGAAACUGCCAUCUGGAGCUAAGAAAGUGCUGCCUUCAAGCAAUAGAGGAAUGGUUGGUAUUGUUGCUGGUGGUGGACGUAUCGACAAACCUAUCCUAAAGGCUGGUCGUGCAUACCACAAGUAUAAAGUUAAGCGAAACUGCUGGCCAUAUGUGCGUGGUGUGACCAUGAACCCUGUUGAGCAUCCUCAUGGUGGUGGUAACCAUCAACAUAUUGGUAAGGCUUCCACUGUCAAGAGAGGUACAUCUGCUGGUCGCAAGGUUGGUCUUAUUGCUGCUCGCAGAACUGGAAGAAUUCGUGGUGGCAAGACGGAUACGAAGAAGGAGGCAUAA